UAGAGAAAUCGUCCCUCCCUGACUUAGAAGAUGACUUCUGAAGCCACCAUCACCACGUCCAGUACUGGAAUUCCUAAAGCAGGCUAUAGGGACUACUACUGGCUGCGUUCGUUCGUAGCGGGAGGUGUUGCAAGCUGUUGCGCAAAAACAACCAUAGCGCCUUUAGACAGGAUUAAGAUUUUGCUUCAAGCUCAGAACAUCCAUUACAGACACUUGGGGGUGCUAUCCACAGUAUUUGCAGUCAGAAAGAAGGAAGGUUUUAUUGGGCUGUAUAAAGGGAAUGGGGCAAUGAUGGUCAGGAUAUUUCCUUACGGUGCUAUCCAGUUUAUGGCGUUUGACAAGUACAAAAAGUUAAUACGCAAGAGAAUUGGAAAAUCUGAGCAUGUGCACAGAUUAUUGGCUGGAUCAAUGGCAGGUAUGACAGCAGUGAUUUUCACAUACCCUUUGGACAUGGUCAGAGCACGUCUUGCGUUUCAAGUGACAGGAGAACACCGAUAUAACGGCAUUAUUCAUGCCUUCAAAAUAAUAUACACAAAGGAAGGAGGGCUCCCUGGGUUUUACAGAGGUCUAGUUCCUACCAUUGUAGGAAUGGCCCCCUACGCAGGAUUUUCAUUCUUCACUUUUGAGACCUUGAAGACUAAUGGGCUUCGGCAUGCACCAGACAUACUGGGAAAGCCAAGCUUGGAUAACCCCGAUGUUUUGGUUUUGAAGACGCAUGCAAGCUUAUUGUGCGGUGGUAUGGCAGGCGCGAUCGCACAGACCAUCUCCUAUCCGCUGGACGUAACCAGACGCCGUAUGCAGUUAGCAGCAAUACUGCCGGAUUCUGAGAAGUGUCGGACCAUGCUUCAGACUCUAAAGUAUGUUUGCAAAGAACAUGGGAUAAGGAGAGGGCUAUAUCGUGGCUUGUCUCUCAAUUACAUCCGAUGCAUUCCUUCGCAAGCCGUGGCUUUUACUACUUAUGAAUUUAUGAGACAGAUACUAUACUUAAACUAGUAACCUGUUUAGUUUGUACAGUAAACCAUUUGGCUCUGG